AUGCUCGCUGCCAACGCCCCGAACUCCUCCAAGAAAUCCGGGCAGAUCGUCUGCACCAUGCGGCCGCUGCUGGAGUGUCUGCAGCAGCACCAGCUCAAGCCCCCCAGCAGCAGCAGCAGCAGCAGCAGCGAGCAGCAGCAGAAACUAGUGCCCGAUGGGGACAUUUCGCAGUGCGCGAAAGAGGUUUAUUUGUUUGAAAAGACCUGCAGCAAAACUGUCGGAUAUGUCCAUGACAGAGAUGGACUUGAAGACACAAGAAGUGGUUUGUUCUCCGGCACCAGGGCCCUCUAA